UGUUGUUCUUGUCUUAAUUAUCUUAUUUAAUUAACCAAAUCAACCUUCCAUUAACACGGAUCAGAGCCUAAACUAAUCAAAUUUCCAUGGAAAGAAAAACACACAUUGCUGUGGUUUCAGUCCCCAUUGUGAGUCAUCAAAUAGCAAUUUCUGAGUUCAUCAAGAAACUCCUUAAUCUUCAUCCUAACAAGUUUCACAUCACCUUAAUCAUUCCAGUACUAGAUUCACUUUCCAAUGCUUCCAAAUCCAUUAUUGCUUCUCUUUCUUCUCUCAAUGUAGAUACCAUUGUUCUUCCACCAAUCAACUUGCCACCACAAACUGUCCCUACACUCAAACUUCCUCUUUCAAUGUCUCUAACUAUGCCAUAUAUCAUUGAUGCAUUGAAAACAAAAACAUCAAAACUAGUUGCUAUAAUAGCUGAUUAUUUUGCCUAUGAAGUGUUCUCAUUUGCCAAGAAACUCAACAUUUUAUCAUAUACAUAUUUUCCUUCAUCAGCCACAGUAUUAUCACUUUGUUUUCAUUCAAAAGUUCUAGAUGAAACAAUUUCUGGUGAGUUUAAAGACUUGCAAGAACCAAUCAAAAUCCCAGGUUGUGUACCGAUUCAAGGAACCGAUCUUCCAUCUUCAUUUCAAGACAGGAAUAGUGAGUCUUACAACCAUUUUCUUCUCCGUUCCAAAGGGAUAAAUCUUUGCGACGGUAUAUUAGUCAAUAGCUUUGUAGAAUUGGAAUCACAAGCAGUUAAAGCCUUGAUUGAAGAAAGCAUCAAUGUUUCUCACCCUCCUGUUUAUAUGGUUGGACCAAUUAUCCAACAAAAUUGUGACAAUACUCAAAAUGAGUCACAAUGUUUAUCAUGGUUAGAUGAACAAAAACCAAAUUCUGUGGUUUUUGUUUCAUUUGGUAGUGGUGGAACAAUUUCUCAAAACCAAAUGAAUGAGUUAGCAUUAGGGUUAGAAUUGAGUAGUCAAAAGUUUCUUUGGGUUGUGAGAGAACCAAAUGAUAUAGCUAGUGCUAUUUAUUUUGAUGUUUCUAAUUCUAAAAAAGACCCUUUGAGUUUUUUACCAAAAGGGUUCUUAGAAAGAACAAAUAAGCAAGGAUUUUUGGUUUCAAAUUGGGCACCACAAGUUGAGAUUCUUAGUCACAAAGCUAUAGGUGGAUUUGUUACACAUUGUGGUUGGUUUUCUACACUUGAGUGUGUUGUAAAUGGGGUGCCAAUAGUAGCUUGGCCACUUUUUGCUGAGCAGAGAAUGAAUGCAACCAUUCUAGCUGAUGGGAUUAAAAUUGCUAUAAGGCCAACGAUUGAUAAUGUGAGUGGUGUUGUAGAAAAAGUUGAAAUUGUAAAUGUCUUGAAGAGGUUAAUUGUAGAUGAAGGAAUUGAGAUUCGUAGAAGAAUGAAAGUACUAAAAGAUGCUGCUGCUAAUGCAAUGAAAGUAGAUGGAUCUUCCAUAAUCACUAUGUCCCAAUUGGUCACAAAAUGGACAAAGAUGGAAGGUUUUGAUGAAAAUUAGUUUCAUAUUUUUUCUACGUACGUAUGAAUGCAAUGUAUUUUUCUUAGCUUGGUUCUGUUUUAACUUUUGCAUGACCGUAAAAAUAAAUUCUAUUAUCAUACUAUUGUUCUUUGGUUACAA